AAGGAGGAUUUGCCUUUGAGAAAGACAGACAAUUCGACAACACACCCAUGGGAAACAGCAUAUGUGUGGUAUGGCGAGAAAGACAUUCCUGAAAACAAGCGUUUACUUUGUUCCAGUGUCAGCAAUAACCAGUGGCUACUAGGAGAGGCAAUAGAGAGUGCCAUUGGUGGUCUUUCUAUACAUCAAUUUAAUUCGGCAUUUUUGGUAGUAGAAAGCUUUUUAAUAUCAGCUGCACUCAACAAUUCAACUAAACCAAUUGCAGAUUUUGCUGUUCUCAAACAACCGAUCAAUUAUGAUUCAUUGGUCUUUGUAGUCAACACAUCCCAACAUCCAGGGGUUCAUUGGUUUAUAGUUAUAGCAGACAUCAAACAUAAAAGUUUAGUGGCCAUCGAUUCGUCUGAGACCUGUUCAUCAAUUGCAACCAAGUACCAUCUACUUGAGCAAGCUUUCAAAAUUUUAUACUUAUUCUUUGCGAUUGCAGGGGUGAAACUUAAGCCCACGGAAUGGGAGCUGAUUCUGUGUUCGGAUGCUCCACAGCAGAUUAAUAGUUACGACUGCGGCGUCCACUCUGUUAUCAACGCUUACUGUGUUUUCAAUCACAUUCCGCUUAUAGCACACUUUGAUUCCGCGCAAGUACGAGCAUGGAUAAAAAGCGUUAUUAUUAAUUUUUCCGGUGAGGCCAAAACUCACCACAGCAAGAACGAGCUAACUGGAGCAAGGGAGAUAUCGAAGUCCCAGUGGAUCUCUUCUUUCGCCGGAUUAACUGGGAUCGGGACAAAAACAUACCAUGAAUGUUUUCCUAUGAUACAAAAGGAAAAAAGCGGUUGGACAACUUGCGAUAUGGAUAAAUGCACGGGGAACAAGAAAGACGAGACUCAAGUAAUGUGUGUAAAUUGCCGAAAAUGGAGCCACAGGACCUGUUUACCAGAAAGUAUAUUAUAUGACGUGACGUACUAUGUAUGUCCACAUUGCAAAAACCCAUGAAUUGCCCACGUCAGUUUUUGCAGAUUUAAAAUAUUUACUGUUAAAAGCUCUCUUUCGUGUUUUUUUAUUCCUUCAAGUAAUUAUGUAGCCCAUGUAUUUAACUAUUAAGUCGCAUUGUAUCGGUGUUUUUCCUUUCUUAUUCCAGGACAUCGACUCCCGGAGAUUUAUCAUUUGUUUUUCACAUUCAUCGCCUGCGUCGUCAGUUUUUCUUCACAUUUCAAGUAGUUACAGUUAAAAAGCUUGGUUUCGUGUGUUUUUAUUUAUGUAAUUAUGUAGGUAUCAUUC